GCCAAUGGCUUGCCCCUUCUACAACCAUGAACGUGUUUCCAUUAUGUGUGUGGGUUAUUCCCCGUGUACUCUCACGGUUAUGCCCAUAGACGAGGGGUUGCUCGGCAUCUUUCGUCGAGUGUCCGAGACAUUCGCUUCGCGACCGCGACCAUGAGAGCAUUCAACUCUGUUCGUAUUCUCAUUCCGAUAGUAUUUCUGAUUGUUCGCGUGUCAUCCAGAAGCAUCAGCGAUGAUGCGGGAGUGAUUGAUAAGAAAUUGGAGGAGCAGAAGGACCAGAUCAUUGCUGAUAUUGGGGGUAAGUUGGAUUCUGGUGGUAGCGAGGAAGGAAUCAGGAGAUUUGAUGCAGUCGUAGAAGAUUCAGAGAAGGACCAGCAGGACCAAGGCUCGAAUGAUGAAGAUAAGGUGGUGGAAGUUGAAUCCGAUGAUGUGGCUCACCAGAAGCGAUCCAUUGAAGGAAAGCUAGAUGCGGUCGAGGGACAGGCAAUCCUAGAUCCAAAACAUGAGGUUCAAGGAGAGAUCGGUAACAGUGAAACGAAGGAAAGCAGAGAACGGAACGAAGGGAUUCAAAUUCGCCAGAUUCCGGAGCUGAUUCCUGUCAAGAUCGAUCAUGCCGGUCCGUAUGAACCUCAUUUUGGGGGUACGGAAACGGCUAGGAAAUCGCUGGAUGUUGUGGAAGAUGAGAAAAUUGAUGAUGAUGAGGAAGAUGACAUUCGGAGUGAACGGAGUAGUGAGAAGAAGGAGGCGGAGAAAGAAAGUGAGUCUAUUGUCCAAAAAUGGAAGCUGCAGGCGUUGACGAUUCAGAAUCAAUUGAAGAACCGGACAUUUUUUAAAUAUCUGAAGGAACAAGUGAGCGAGGUUCUCCCUGAUAUUCCUAAAUUCACUGAGAAUCAAUUACUGGAGGCGUUGAAAACCAUCGCCUCGACGAAAUCUUUAGGCUCAGAAGAGUCUCACAUUAAGAACUUGAACACUUCGAUGUUGAAUGAUAAACAACUGGAGGUAAUCAAGUGCGCUGAAGGAUUGGUCGCAGAAAAACAGCGGCAGAGCUUCGCGGAGAAUUUUUUCGAAUGCAUGAGAGGCUUAAAUAUCCUCAAUUGCAUGAGAAUAUACAUCUGGCCGAUCAUUGCUGAGAAUGUACCUGAACGCAUAGUGCAGAAUUUUCCGGCAUUGCCUAUUGAGGUGUCUCUGAGUGAUUUUAUACCAAAUCGACAAGGAGACGAACCCAAGAACAUCCGUGGAGUCCAUCAGCAACGACUGCUCAUGCCUGAAACCGUUGUUGCUAAUAUACUGAAGGACGCCUUGGCUGUCGACCCUCACGAUGAAAAUAUACCAACCCAAAUUGACCCUGAGAAUUUCGCUAAAUUGUUAACUCCUGGACAGCUGGACAUACUCAAGAUGGCAGAGAAGUUCUUGCCAGAGUCCGUACGUCAGGAGUAUUCAAGUAAGAUGCACUCAUGUGUGAGGAGAUUUGAAUACUUCAGCUGUGUCAAAUACUUUACCUGGCCAAUGGUCAAGCAGUAUUACACAGCCUUGCCUGACUUCCCAGAUUAUCAGACCUGGUAUCCAUCAACCAUCAGCGUUUAUCCAGGUUAUCCAAUCAUUCCCUUUCCCGAUUUAUCUGACAAUAAUGGACAGCUGCCGGAGGUUAUCGAAGCUGAUGGCUUCAUUCACAGGACACCACGCCCGGAGACCAUUAUUUUUCAACUCCUGAGGAAUACUGUUGAGGAACAACCCCGGCAUCAAGCAGCUGCAGAAAUAUAUGCACUCCCCGAUACCAGCUCCAUUACACCAGAGCAACUUGCUUCACUUCAGAUGGCCCAGCAGCUAGUUCCAGUUGCUUAUCGUGAAGAAUUCGUUGACAAAACCGUAAAAUGCAUUCAAGAGCACAAUUAUUUAUUCUGCACCAAGUACUCAACGUGGCCGACGCUCAAGCAAUUCCAGCCUCGAUUACCAGCAUUUGCUGAUCUUGAAAGCGUCUUCGGAAAUUUAUUCAGCAAAAUUCCGAAUUUCGGUAGUUUUUUCAGUGGAGAUUCAAAUAAUAAGAAGAACUUGACCGGAUUCUUCUCACAAUUGCCGUGGGCUGGGUCUUGGACCGGCGGUAGUGGAUUGCAGGGGGGAUCAGGCUCGGGGGGAGGAUCCUCGCAAGGUACUGGAACUCCUUGGGGCACUGGUGGAGGCUCGACAGGUAGCGGCGGCUUCCCACAAUAUCCCGGUGGCUCCGGUGGAGGUCAAUUACCAGGAUUUCCAGGGAUUGGCGGUCACAUUCCAAAUUUCCCAGGUGGAGGGGCACAGAUACCAAGCUUACCAGGCAUUGGUGGUACUGGUGGUAAUAUUCCAGGUGUUGGGGGUUCAGGAGGUGGCAUUCCCAAUUUCCCAGGGAUUGGAUCAGGAUCUGGAGGAAGUAAUGUACCAAAUCAUUCUGGAGGUACCAUCACAUGGUCAGGUAUUCCGGGAAUUAAGCCUCCAGGAACAAUCUCAUGGGGAGGGAUUAAUGGCGGACAGGGAUCAGGUUCGCCUGGUGGCAGCAUUGGAUCUGGACAGACUGGAGGCGGAAAUUUAGGCCAUCCGUGGGGUCCAGGACAAGGAUCUGGCUCACCAGGUAUUGGCAGUUCUGGUGGAUCUUCGAAUGGCGGAUAUGUGCCAAGUGGUCCUUCUAUCGGCGGUCAACCAUGGGGUCCUGGGCAAGGGUCGGGCUCAGCAGGUAGCAGUGGGUCAAGUGGAUCUUCGAAUAUUGGAUCUGGACAGACUGGUGGGAGUGGAAUUUCAAUUCCUGCCAUCGGCAAUCAUCCGUGGGGUUCAGGACAAGGAUCGGGUACGCCAGGUAGCAGUGGUUCAAGUGGAUCCGGACAAGUUGACGGAGGUGGAAGUUCAAUUCCUUCCGUCGGUGGUCAACCGUGGGGUCCUGGACAAGGAUCGAGCUCGCCAGGUAGCAGCAGUCCAAGUGGGCCCUCCAAUAGUGGUUCUGGACAGACUGGAGGAGGUGGGAUCUCAAUUCCUUCUAUCGGCGGUCUUCCAUGGGGUGGGGGACAAGGAUCGGGCGGGUCUGGUGGUAGCGGUUCUACUGGACCGUCAAAUCCUUCUGUCGGCGGUCAACCAUGGGGUGGAGGACAAGGAUCGGGCACAUCAGGUAGUGGCAGCUCCAGUGGUCCUUCGAAUAGUGGAUCUGGACAAACUGGAGGGGGAUGGGGUGGAGGACAGGCAUCGGGCUCUUCAGGUGGUAGUGGUUCUAGUGGAUCUUCAAAUAGUGGAUAUGGGCCGAAUGCAGGAGGUGGGAGUUCAUCUGGCAGUAGCAGUUCCAGUGGUCCUUCAAAUAGUGGACAAAGUGGAGGUACCGGAAGCUCUAACCCUUCCAUCGGCGGCAUUCCAUGGACUGGAGGCCAAGGAUCGAGCUCGUCACCAGGACAAUCUGGACAAUCUGGCGGAAGCAUCACUCCAAUUCCUGGUGGUGGAACUGUUAGCUGGACUGGCGGCAAUGGCGGAUAUAUCCCAGCUGUUGUAGGAGGAAUAUCAUCAGCCCUUCCAGGUAUCACAUCACUCGGAGAGCAAGGAGGUGGGAGUAGUGCAUCAUCAGGCUCUUCCGGGAGUUCGAUUUCGUCUGGUGGAUCAUCGAGUCCCUCUGGGGAUGGCUCUUCAGGAUCUGGAAGUGGAAAUUUGGGAGGCACAAGUGGCAGCGGCGGUGGGAGUUAUCGCCCGAAAAUUCAUAAAGAAAUCCAGGCAGAUGAUGCCAUGUCUGAACAACUCUCAAAAGGUCCUGCUGAGACUCUCCAACAGAAAUCACUCGAAGCAAAGAUCAUUGACAUCCUAUACAACCUUCGUUACACGAUCCUGGAAAGUCCAGUGAUACCUAUUCCCAUGGUUGGCCCGAGGGCAGUAUUGAGACAACUCAACGAGGAUCAAAUAAUCAUCCUGUCCCUUGCAAAAAGUAUAAUUCCACCCCCUAUGCGAGCGGAUUUCGCUUCACAAACCGUGGGCUGUCUUCAAGGUGGAUCGAAUUUCUUAGGUUGCACAAAGAAUGUCAUCUGGCCAUUUCUGACAUUCUACGUACCAAAUAUACCAGCAUUCCCCGAUGAAAAACCUCAAGUAAUGGAAAAACACUCGCCGGAAUUGGACUUUAUCCCAGGCCGAGAAUAUUCUUUAGAACCUGUUUCAUACGCUCCAUUCAUCGGUCAACAUCACUUGGCUCAGCUCUUUAGACAGCCAUUCCCAAUCCUUGGAAGAUCACCCCUACGAUCAGAAAUUUCCGCAAAAGCCGAUGAUCAGCCAAUAAUUUCGGUUACUGAUCCAAAAUUUGUGCCAAUCUACACGGAUCAUCCGGAUACCGUAAUUCUGAAAAUUCUCUCUGCCAUGGCUGAUUCGGUGGAGAAAUCAAGCCCUGCAGAUUACCGCAGCAGAGUACCAGCAUUCAUGACCUUCUACUCCACAAUAAAUUCUUCACUGAAUGAAGAGCAAGAGCGGAUUCUAAAGACAACCGAGUAUUUGAUACCCGAAUCAAGUCGGCAAGUAUUUUUCAACGAAAUAUUAGUGUGCCUCAUUGACAAUUCCUUCCAAACCUGCGCGCGUGAUAAUAUUUGGCCAACCUUAACCAAGCACUACCCAAGAAUUCCAAGCUUCCCGAAUUUCCAAGAGAACUCGGUGCAGGAUAAUCAAUCCCCAUCGCCAGACUAUCGUCACAUAUCAGAAACCGACGUGAAGACUGGCCAACACGGGGAUACUGUGGUAACGAUAACAGACACACGAUUUGUUCCUAUCUUCGGUGAACACCCAGAAGAGAUUAUCCUGACAAUGCUGAAGGGCAUUCAGCCGUCUUCCCUGAAUCAGAUCAACACCACACCUUCGUCAAUCGCUAAAUCUCCACCAUAUGCGUCGAUAUUCACGAAAUCACAAGGAGAUAUCGUUGUCGUUGCAGAAAAUCUUCUACCUGAGUCAAUCCGCGAUAUUUUCGUCAUUCGUAUGAGUGAGUGCGUCAGGGAUACCAACUUUCUAGACUGUGCGCGAGAUAUAGCCUGGCCAACAAUCGGUCAAUUUUUCCCACGACUCGCGAGUUUUCCCAAUUUUGGAAGUCUGCCCAGUUUGACAGAUGGCAAACCCCAGCAACCGACACUUCUUCCACCAGUACUCGAUUCAGAAUUUCCUCGGAUCAAUCAACCAGAUCACAAUCAGCUACAGCAGCUGCCAGAGACCCUUGAAUCUAAACUAGAAAGCCUUCUAGCUAAGAUUUCAGGACUGCGAGGGAACAUCCAUUCCGGAGUAUCUUACCUGAACACUGAGGACCCGUUGACAGCAGCGCUGGUAACUGACAAGCAAGUGAAAAUCAUCAGAAUGACUGAGGGUUUGAUACCCGAGGACGCGCGUCCAAUGUUCAUCGUCAAGAUAAUGGGCUGCGUUCGAGGGAGUGGUUUUCCCAUAUGUUCGCAGGCAGUGGCCUGGCCUACUCUCCGACAAUUCCUCCCAAAUAUCCCUGAAUUUCCUGACAUAAGCAACUUCUUACCUGAAGUGCCCGAAAUACCGAAUUUUUCGACUCUACAAGAACAUCUUCCAGAGAUUCCCAACUUCUCUCAAUUUGGACAAGGCUUGGGACAGCUUAUCCCUCAAUUCCAGCAACCGACAAAGUCUACUGCCGAAUUUACAACUGGCCAGCACAGUGUUCUUCUUCCUGGAUACACUGCGUCAGUAGGGUCAGCCCCAGUGGUUCCACCCUUCCCGGGCCAGCCAACUGAUAUCCUCAUAGAUAUCUCUCAAGAUCGUGUAAUCUUUCCUGAUACCGAACGCGAGCCAUUGGACAGAAAACGAAGGGAAAUUAUCAAUCUACUCGAAGACGAACAAACAUCAAAGACCGAUGAUGCAUCGACAUUAAACAUCACUGAAGCAGACCUCUUGCAGCUGCUCUCUAACGCAACAACAAGCACUGAAGAAUCUCUAGAGCCAACCAGAGAGUCCCUCUUGGAGUACCUCAACUCAACCAUAAAAGCAUCUCUGACACCGCAGCAGCUAGCAAUUCUCAAACUGGUAGAGAAAUUAGGAAUUAAAAAUACAAGAGGUGUCAUGGGUCAAGUGAUUCGUUGCGUUACGGGUUUGAGUUUCAUCAGGUGUAUGGGAAUAUUCAUGUGGCCUCUUAUCACCUCUACCGUGCCAUCAUUGUUAGGUAUUCAAUUGCCAUUUGGCCGCUCCGCUCAGGACACCGAUGGCCUUUCAGACGUAUCCGUUGAAGACCUCGAGAAAGAGUUGUUUGUCCGAAAAGAGGAGAUGGAGCACACGUUACUCGAUUGGUACAAAUCCUUAACCGAAGAAAAAUUCGAAUCAACAUUGGGCCUCAUUAAAUUCGAAGGCUAUGGCAAUGGUGAGAUCGGAAUUAAAUUCUCAGAGGCAAGAACAGGACGAGCUAAAAUCAAAGACCAUAAAAAUCUUCCGAGUAUCUUGACUAUCAUCAGUGAUAUUAUGGAGGAUGUCUUGAACACUGGCAGGGGUAGUCACAAAUUGAGCAAAGACAAGCGAAAGGGGAAGAGUCGAUCGCUUCCGUUUGACAGCGACCCUGAAGAAUUAAAAAAUUCCGAGAACAUCGUCAAUUUGUUCCUCCAGAGGCUCAAGGCAAACAAAACCGAUGGAAUCUCUCACCUUGGGAAUCACAGAUUCAAUCCUAGCGAUGCCUAUCAAGCAUUCGAAUUGUUGUUCGGCCCGAGACUUAAAGCGCGGCUGGCCAACAAUCUUGAGCAACUCCAGGAAAACAAAAUCGAGUUGAAUUAUGAUAAUUAUCAUACUGAAGGACAACCAGCGGAGUCAACGUCCCCUCAACGGUUGAGAGUUAUUCCCUUGCAGCUACAGGAAGAGAAGAGCAAUCUUUUCGACGAAAUCCAACAUGAGCAAGACACCAUCGACGAUAAUAAAUUCUCAAACGAGGAAAUCACAAAGUCACCUGUUGUCAUUCAUCUUCCAAAACUCGAUGAUGAGAUAAUCAGUCGAAAAAUGAGCGACUCUCUCACAAGCCUUGCCCGUCACAUGAACAAGAACAAUAUGAUUCGAAUUAUUCCAGGAAUUGGUUUCGCCGUGACUUUCAUUUUGCAGAUGGCAUUGGCCCAUGCUAGAGCAGCUGCAUCAAUGGCAACAAUGCUGAGUAAUAUGGCUAUGGGAACUGCAAUGUUCAGUCUCGUACGUCAAGCAAUGUUUGGACAAACAACUCAUCCCAAGAUCAAAUACGUCUACGACACCGAUGUCCAUGGCCCGGGUAUUAGCUGGCCUGCCUAAAUCAAUUCAGUGCCUGAAGCUAUUAAUCUAGCACAAUUAAUUGAUAGAGAAUUAUUCAUAGUUUCACAUUAUCAUAACCGGGGUUGGAUUUCACGGAUUCUUAAGAGCCUAAUCGCUCUAUUCGUACGGGACUGGUGGUGGGUCAUUGACAUAUUUAAUAAUAUCGAUAAUUCCAGGAACACACAUAUCGUAGAUUCUUAGUCUCAUCAAUCGUUUAUAUUAAUGUAUCUUAAUCACACUCUCAUGAUUCCAAAAUAAAAUGAGUCUGUUGUA